AAGCAGCAGCCAAUGCAAAUGAGACUUUCAAAUGCUACCCUUUGCUUGGUUACCUUCAUUGUUUUCUCCCUCUUACAGACGCCUACAUUUGCCGCCAAAAGGUCCUAUGUGGUAUACUUGGGAGGACAUUCGCAUGGAAUCGAAUCUCCAUCAGUUGAUCUGGAUGCUGUGACGGAUUCUCACUACGAUUUUCUCCGAACAUUCCUCGGAAGCCAUGAGCAUGCUCGAGAAGCUAUCUUUUACUCUUAUACGAGACACAUCAAUGGUUUCGCUGCGAAUUUAGACGAUGAAGUAGCAGCUGAGAUUGCAAGGCACCCUAAAGUCGUUUCAGUGUUCUUGAACAAGGGAAGAAAACUGCACACAACUCGAUCCUGGGAAUUCCUUGGCUUGGAGCAAAACGGUUUCGUUGCAUCGAACUCAAUCUGGAACAAAACCAGAUAUGGUGAAGAUACCAUUAUCGGAAACCUUGACACUGGUGUUUGGCCUGAAUCAAAAAGCUUCAGCGAUGAUGGGUAUGGACCGAUUCCUUCAAAAUGGAAGGGAAUUUGUCAAAAUCACAAAGAUGCCGGAUUUCACUGCAACAGGAAGCUAAUUGGAGCAAGGUAUUUCAACAAAGGCUAUGCUGCUACUGUUGGCAAACUCAACUCGUCAUUCGAUACACCACGCGAUAAAGAAGGUCAUGGAACGCAUACCUUAUCGACUGCUGGAGGUAACAUGGUAGCCAAGGCAAGUGUUUUCGGCUUCGGUAAAGGAACCGCAAAAGGUGGAUCGCCUAGAGCCAGAGUAGCAGCAUACAAGGUGUGCUGGCCACCGGUUUCCGGGAAUGAAUGCUUUGAUGCAGAUAUAUUGGCAGCUUUUGACGUGGCCAUUCAUGAUGGUGUCGAUGUGCUGUCUGUGUCACUGGGAGGAGAACCCACUGCCUUUUUCAAUGACAGUGUCGCGAUUGGUUCUUUUCAUGCUAUCAAGCAUGGAAUAGUUGUCGUCUGCUCGGCUGGAAAUUCAGGACCUGCUGAUGGAACUGUCUCCAAUAUUGCACCAUGGCAGAUCACGGUCGGAGCCAGCACCAUGGAUAGGGAGUUUUCUAGUAUUGUUGUCCUCGGCAACAAUAUGCGCUUCAAGGGACAAAGUUUAUCAGAUAAAGUUUUGCCAGGCAAGAAGUUCUUCCCACUUAUUAGUGCAGCAGAUGUUAAGUUGGCGAAUGCAUCGAUUGAAAACGCAACAUUAUGUCAGGCUGGUGCCAUUGAUCCUAAAAAGGCAGCAGGAAAGAUACUGGUUUGUCUUCGAGGGCAGAAUGCUAGAGUGGACAAGGGUGAGCAAGCAGCUCUGGCUGGUGCUAUUGGCAUGAUUCUUGCUAACAACAAUCUCACAGGGAAUGAAAUUAUCGCCGACGCUCAUCUCCUCCCAGCUUCACAUAUCAACUACACCGAUGGUCUCGCAGUUUUCGCUUACAUAAAAUCAACAAAGCAUCCCAUGGCUCGUAUUACACCUGUAACCACCCAAAUUGGCACAAAGCCAGCCCCCUUCAUGGCAGCAUUUUCAUCAAAGGGACCCAAUACCAUCACGCCUGAGAUCCUCAAGCCCGAUAUCACUGCACCAGGAGUGAGUGUAAUAGCUGCCUAUACAGGAGCAGAAGGGCCAACAAAUGAAGAUUUCGACAAGCGCCGAGUUCAGUUCAACUCUGUAUCAGGCACUUCGAUGUCAUGUCCUCAUGUUUCAGGAAUUGUUGGCCUUCUUAAAUCCCUUUAUCCUAAGUGGAGUCCUGCAGCAAUCAAAUCAGCUAUCAUGACCAGCGCAACCACGUUGGAUAACUCACAUGAGCCGAUCCUAAACGCAUCAUACAUCGAAGCCGGACCAUUCAGCUAUGGAGCAGGACAUGUACAACCAAACCGGGCUAUGGAUCCGGGCCUCGUUUAUGACUUAACCGCUAAGGAUUACCUAAAGUUUCUAUGCACAUUAGGGUACAACGAAACACUAAUAUCAGCGUUCUCACAGAAACCCUACAAGUGCCGUGGUUCAAUCAAUCUUGCCAACUUUAACUACCCUUCAAUCACCAUCCCUAAACUCGUUGGAUCCAUCACAGUGACUAGGACUGUUAAAAAUGUAGGAUCACCAGGCACUUACAGAGCUCAAGUGCGGAAACCGAUGGGGAUAUCGGUUUAUGUUAAGCCGAGAAAAUUGAAGUUCAAAAAGGUUGGUGAAGAGAAGACAUUCAAGGUUAGCCUGAAAGUUAAGAACGCUGAUGCAGUCAAGGAAUAUGUAUAUGGGCAGUUGAUAUGGUCAGAUGGUGUACACUAUGUAAGGAGUCCUAUAGUAGUGAAGGCAGCCUAAACCAUAGAAGGUUUGUUUAAAAAAUAGCUCUCAUAGCUUUAAGUUUAAAUCUCUGGAUUCAAUCCUAUAUGUAUUUGCUUUUAGCAUGGCCUUCAAUGUGUUCUAUAUUAUUCUUCAGGGCCCUUGCUGUAAUAUUUGACUAAAACAAUAAUUAUUAGCAAAAUGAAAUCCAGUUUGAUUAA